AUGGUGUGCAAGAGCCUGGGGGUGUCUGCAGCCCACCACAGCCUGAGGACACCCUUUGCACCCUGUCACCCAGAGAGGGCCUUGUCACUGCCCUGUGGCUCCUUCCAAUGCUGCUGGGCAGCCAUCAACCCCAUCUCCUACCCCAAACCAGUGGCAGUGGGCAACUGCACCAAGUGGAAAGCAAGGGAGCUGGACUACGCCAUUUACCUGGCCAAGAAGAACAUUCGCAAGCAGGGCGACCUGAUCGACCACGAGAAGACCCAGAACACGGAUUACUACAAGCGGGAGAUCGAGUACUGCAGGAAGGCCAUGGCCAGGACCAGGGUGAAGUCCUCCAUCUGCCUCGAGGGGUACCUGAAGUUCAACGAGCAGUACGUGCCCCACGACCCCAUCAUGUCCGGCUGCCUGCCCAGCAACCCCUGGCUCACAGAUGACACCACCUACUGGGCCAUGAACGCCCCCACGGUGCUGACCCCCACCAAGCCGCGCGUGGAGCGCUGGAGCUUCAACUUCAGCGAGCUCAUCACUGACCCCCUGGGCCGGGUGCAUCUCCUCGAGUUCCUCAAGAAGGAGUUCAGUGCUGAGAACCUGAGCUUCUGGGAGGCGUGUGAGGAGCUGCGCUAUGGGGAGCAGUCCCGGAUCUCUGAGAUCGUGGAUUCCAUCUACCAGCAGUUCCUGGCCCCCGGGGCCACGCGCUGGGUGAACAUCGACAGCAAGACCAUGGAGAGGACCCUGGAAGGCAUCAAGACCCCGCACCGCUACGUGAUGGACGACGCCCAGAUGCACAUUUACAUGCUGAUGAAGAAGGACUCCUACCCACGGUUCCUCAAGUCGGAGCUCUACAAGAACCUCCUGGCCGAGGGCAUCGAGAGCUAG